AUGGAUCUUGGGUCCAAUUUCAGUGCAAGGCUCGAGCCCUUUCUACUUAUGGGUAAAUCCGUAAAGGGCGCUGCCGCUGCCAAACUCGUUCAGGAUGCCACCUCUGCUCCUGGUGUUUUCGUCUUCUCUGAACUCCUCCAACUUCCCAAUAUCCAAGAGCUUGGAAAGAACGAAGAGCACGAGAAGUUUCUCGCAUUAUUACGACUUUUUGCGUAUAAAACUUAUGGCGACUAUCUCAAACACCGCGAUCGCCUGCCUCCUCUGAAUGCUGCCCAGCUCACAAAGCUGAAACACCUCUCGAUAGCGACUCUUGCAGCAGAUAGACGGAUCCUACCAUACGCCGAGCUCAUGGGCGCCCUCCAAAUGCCUACAAUCCGAGAAUUGGAGGACCUCAUCAUCGAUGCUAUCUACCUUGACAUCCUUCGCGGAAAACUCGACCAAAAAGAAGAACAAUUCGAGGUCGAAUACACUAUGGGGCGAGAUUUGGAACCUGAGAAGCUGGUCUCCCUGUUAGCCGCUUUGAAAGACUGGGCGUCAACUACGGCUGCGGUUCUACAAAAACUUGACGAAAACAUCGCUUCUGUCACCACAGAGGCAGCCACUGCGAAAGCCAAGCGAGAAAACCACGAGAGAGAAGUUCAAACGACACUCAAAGAACUCCAAGACAGAAACAAGGACAAGAGUGGUGGGAGUAAUAGUUCCCAGAAUCCGGUGUCUGGAGGUACUCGAGUGACUAGGUCGACAUAUGCAUCGGACAGGAUGGACGUUGAUGAACCUGUGGAAGCUCCUAAAGGGAAGAAUCGAAAGGCACCUCAGCAGGAGACAUCAAAGCCACAGAGGAAGCGGAAUCGGUUUUAG